UAACGCGCUCAAGGACUUUCCUGAGCGAACUCUCCGUAAAAGAACUGCUGACCCCGGCAAAACACCGCGACACAGCAAGCUCUCCCUGCAUUACCUCGACUGAGCCCAGGAAAGUACCUGACACGAGAGAAAAGGGCUGUAAUUGUACUUAAAAUAGGAAAGUGUGAGUUGUUAAGAAGUGCCCAGGGUACUGUAGCAACCGCCGCCAUGGCUCGGACUGAUCAUUGAAAACAGACAGCGCAAAUCUUAUCGCGUUCUCAAGGUAGACGGAAAACAGCUCGAGCGGCGGAGAGAAAUUCCCAUCCCGUUCGGGUUCACUUUCAUCCGCUCAUUUUCGGAAAACUUCUUCUUGACGUUUAAGAGCAGCCUAUGCGUCUCCGGCUGAGCUCUCGUUUGAUUAUUAUUUGCUUACACGGUCUCACGCUGCGCAGCUCUUUCGUGUCUGUCUGACUCGAACUUUUUCAAGGAUUUCGUCGAUGAACUUGUUGCGGUGAGUCCCCUUUAAACCUUCACGGCCAAGUGUUGUACUCUGUUUCUAGACUAUGGAGGUUCCGGUCGGGCUGAGGGAGGCUUGCGAGUCCCCAGACGCCGGUUUUCACGGACCUUACCAAAGCGUUUUUCAAAACGUGCGCGUCGCGAGAGCGAGCAACCCCGAGAGUUUGGACUUUUCUAGCUCCAAGAAGUGCGGCUGCCUGCAGGAGACCGCGUCGAGGGAAAUGCGUUUAAGCAAGCUGUCCCCCGGCAGAGGAGUAAUAUGCUGCCCCGAGAAAGAGUGCGAGAGUGCGAGUUUAGUGAUGCAGGCGGCGGCGAGCCGUAUUCAUUUUCUCAAGAGUUCCACAGGAAGCAGAAGCGACUCGUCUCUGUCAUCUAGCGGCUCGGGCCGCGCAGACGCCACCGAAAGCAGCGGCAGUCGCGCAGGUUUCCUUCGGGGCGCUGAGAGCGGACAGAAGCGCUGCGGUGCGGUUGAAGUUCACACGCGCGAGUUGGGCUCGAGCCAUGACGCAAGUGUGGCGAGUAGAAGUCGCGCGUGCACCACCAGCAGCAGCAGCGGCGACAGCAGCAGCAGCAUCUCGGAGACAGCGCGAGAGCUGUGCAAAGCCGUGUCCGUGUCUUUGGGCUUAGCUAUGGAGUCCAGCGAACUGGGCGAGGUGGGACCGCACCAUGCGCCGCCGCCCCUGACCACUGAAAGUAGUAGUGAGGAAAUCUAUUUGAUUGGAAUGCCUUUGCUCAACUGCUCAGUGAGCGAAAGGGAGGCAGGUAGGAAAGACAGAGACUACGCUCUCGCGGCGGGACGAGACAGAGGCACAGAGCUGCGAGGCAGGGACAAAUUGCUCGGGAUGUUUAAAAGUGGCGACCUGGAGCAGCUAGCAGGUGAGGGGACGACCUUGCAGUGCAGCAGCACGUCUCGAUCACACUUAACCGCGGAUGUACAGGAGGUGCAUGAGUUCGGCAGCCUGUCCGGUGACUUUGGCAACCUGAGUUCAGAACGUACGACAGCAGCGGAUAUAGACGCAACGCGAGCGGCUUCCUGCCUGUUUGAACAACUGUUGCCCGCGAGCAUGACCCAUUUCGUGCACCCGGAGCUAGAAAACGGACCGAGCCAGAGCCAGAGCUUCGCGAAGCCCGCGGAGAUGUCCGGCGAGUUCGCGGGCCCCGUGGAUGAUUACGUGAAUCUCUAUAAUGUCAAAAUCAAGGCAGAGAUGAUGCCCCGUGAACUGAAUGACACCUGGGCGUACCCGCAUAGGUACGCUGAGGACAGGAACGGCCAGUACGGACUUCCCAAUCAGAGGACCGCUUACGCAUCUGGCCACGAAACGCCUUUUAUCUGUAACCCCUAUGAGUACGGCCGAAGCGAGGCUCUGGUUCCGAGGGAGCGACCUCCGCCUGCACAGUGGUACCCCAACGGGAUGUUGACCCGUCCCCCUUACCCUAACGUGCCCUGCGUGAAAAACGAGAUGGGCAAAUGGCUGGAUGUAACUUCAUUUGAGGAUGGCAGGUAA